AUGGCACCCACACCAGAGAAUGUAUUUUUCAUUGUCCACUACAAUGGAAAAGUUUCAAGAAAUCAAUUUGGUUCAUUUUUUGAAAGUGAGCAAAGAAAAUGUUUUUAUGUUAGCAUCAAAAGCAACAUUGAUCAUUUGAAAAAAAGAAUAGAGCAGAAACUACAUCUCACUGAAUCUCAGGUGAUAUCUAAAAUUAUAUAUCGAGCACCACAAGCAUUCGUUCAAGGUCAUAUCCAGUAUAAUGACACCGAAAUAUACGACAACGAUGACAUUGCAGAUAUGUUUGCCACUCACAAAUAUUUUAAUGUGGUUGGUUCCAUUGAGUUAUCGGUUAUUAUUGAAAACCGGGAGAUUUCACAACCGCGUCAAACACCACAACCGCGUCAAACACCUCAAUUGUUUUCACAAACACAAUAUGAGUUUGAACACCCAUCUUCAUCACAACAAUUACCAUACACCGAGCUACUCUCACAAACACAAUAUGAGUUUGACCCCCCUUCUUCAUCACAACAAUUACCGUACACCCAACCGUUUUCACAAACACAAUGUGAAUUUGAACCAUCAUCUUCACAACCACCACCGCAAACGCAACCACAAACACAAACCCGCCUAGAAGAUCUUUUCACUCGUCAGUUUGAAGACAUCCCAGACACCAUUCAAGAUCAAGAAGAAGAAACUAGUAAUGAAAGUGAAAGUGAAGAAGACGAGGCACUUGAGCAUGAUGCGGAUCAAGAAGACGAACAUGAAAACAGAAACGAAGAAGAAAAUAUUUGGAGGAACAUUAUGGCUGGCACACAACCACAACCACCGCUACAGGUAGUGCCGAUCAGAGCCGCUUACUGUCCCCCGUUGCAUAUGCGUAACGUUGACGUUGAUGCUUAUGAUGCUCUGACUACCGACGAUCACUGGAAUACGAAUGUUCCUGUCGAUGGGGCUAUUCAGGAAGGAAUGACAUUUCACAACAAAGAAGAUUGUUUGCAUGCAAUCAAGUCUUUCCACAUUCGACAAUCGCUGGAUUACGAUGUUAUACACUCAGAUCCAACAAGAUAUGUCAUUCAAUGUACACUCGAGACUUGUCAAUUUAAGUUGAGAGCUUCCUUUAGAAAAAAGACUGGCAAAUGGAAGAUUGGGACCAUGAUGGGUCCACACAAUUGCACAUCGACUUUAAUGUCGCAGGAUCAUCGCAAGCUCAACUACAAGCUUAUAAGCCAAAGCAUCAAGACACUUGUGCAUGCGGAUGCCUCGGUAACGCCAAAAUUGAUCAUUGCGCACAUUAAAGAAAAGUUUAACUACACAACCACGUAUCGAAAGGCGUGGUUAGCAAAGAACGCUGCCAUCGAAUCUAUUUACGGGAAAUGGGAGGAAUCAUAUAAUGAUCUUCCGCAAUGGUUGAAUGUGAUGAAGGAGACGAUGCCAGGGACCUUGUCCAUGUCGACGGGACGUGGUUGUAUGGCAAGUACAAAGGAACAUUGUUGCUUGCGGUAG